ACGCAGUUUAUUUCACUUAUUACAUUAUUAUGACCUUUCAAUUGCUCAAUUAAAGAUUAUUCCUUAUCUAACGAAGAAAUAUUACUGUUGUCGAAAGUUUUCUUCUCAUUCAAUCGAUAAUUAGUUUUCAGUGCAGUUAUUACAUACUCCUUGUGGAUCGUUUUUUUCGAUCGAAAAUUUUGAGACAGGUGGUUAUCAGAAAGGCAUUCUUGAAUCAAGUGAAAAUGGGUGAUUCAGCUGUAAAAUCCUUGAAUGCAAAUUUGUGGGAUUCAGAUCCUGAAUUAUUUGAUCUCAUUAAGAAAGAAAAAAAGAGGCAAUGCUCGGGAUUGGAGAUGAUCGCCUCCGAAAAUUUCACAUCGAUGGCAGUAUUACAAUGUUUGGGGUCAUGCCUGAGUAAUAAGUAUUCUGAAGGUCUUCCAGGGCAAAGGUAUUACGGAGGUAAUGAAUUCAUAGAUCAAAUAGAAAUUUUAGCUCAGAAAAGAUCCUUGGAGGCUUAUAAUUUGAGUCCAGAAGAAUGGGGUGCCAAUGUUCAACCUCUCUCUGGAUCUCCUGCUAAUUUUGCUGUCUAUACAGCAAUUGUCGAGCCUCAUGGUCGAAUAAUGGGUUUAGAUUUACCCGAUGGAGGACAUUUAACUCACGGUUUCUUCACUCCCCAAAAAAAAAUUUCUGCAACCUCAAUGUUCUUUGAGUCGAUGCCAUAUAAAGUAAAUCCUGAUACAGGACUUAUAGACUAUGAUGAAUUAUUGAAGACUGCUAGGCUUUUUAGGCCCAAAUUAAUUAUCGCUGGAACAAGUUGUUAUUCUAGGGCUUUAGAUUAUAAGAGAUUCAAGGAGAUUUGUGACGAUGUAGGAGCUUAUUUGAUGGCUGAUAUGGCCCAUAUUUCGGGUCUGGUUGCAGCAGGUGUUACUCCCAGUCCAUUUGAGUAUAGUGACAUUGUUACAACUACAACACAUAAGAGUUUGAGAGGUCCAAGGUCGGGAGUUAUAUUUUUCAGAAAAGGUUUAAGAAAAGUGAAUAAUAAGGGUGAAAUGAUAAUGUAUGAUUUGGAAAACAAAAUUAAUCAAGCAGUAUUCCCAGGACUUCAAGGCGGCCCACACAAUCACCAAAUCGCAGCUGUGGCUACAGCAAUGAAACAAACAAAAGAACCUGCAUUUAUCAAAUAUCAACAACAGGUUGUCGCUAAUGCAAAAAGAUUAGCUUCUGGUUUGGAAGCCAAGGGCUAUAAGAUAGUGACCGGGGGUACUGAUCUUCAUGUGUUGCUUGUUGAUUUAAGAAGUGCAAAAUUAACAGGAUCUAAGGCAGAGUACAUAUUGGAGGAAGUAUCUAUUGCUUGUAAUAAGAACACAGUUCCAGGGGAUAAAAGUGCUUUGAAUCCUUCUGGAAUCAGAUUGGGUACUCCUGCUUUGACCACUCGCGGACUUAUAGGAAGAGAUAUUGACACUGUUGUUCAUUUUAUCGAUCGUGCUCUUAGAUUGGCAAGGGAAAUCAGUGAAAAAUCGGGACCUAAACUGGUCGAUUACAAGAAUGUUUUGCACACCGAUGCAAUAUUUAAGGUUAAACUUGAAUCUCUCAAGGAAGAAGUAGAGCAGUUCAGUAAUCAAUUUCCAAUGCCGGGUUAUAAGGAAUAUUGAUUUCUCAGGACUUUUUUUCUAUAGAAUCUCAUAUUGACAUUAUUUUAAGCAGAUUUUCGUCUAACAUUUAUAUUUUUAAUUGAAUAUAAGAAAUAUAUUUUAGUAGCAUA